AUGGUUCAAUUUAACGUUAUUAUUUGCGGUGGUGGUCUUGGUGGCAUUGCUUGUGCGAUUGGCUUGAAAAGAAAAGGCCAUAAUGUUACUAUUUUAGAAGGUGCGUCACAGUUAAACGAGGUUGGUGCUGGUAUCCAGAUUCCUCCUAACAGUGUAAGAAUACUUGAGGAAUAUGGGAUAUUAGAGAAAUUUUCACCGUAUAUCACUAAACCAAAGAAUAUCAAUCUUAGAAGGUACUGUACUGGCGAUGUUAUCAGUCGUACUCCUUUACAUCCAGAUAUGACAGAAACCUAUGGUUAUCCUUAUUUAUUAAUUCACCGUGCAGACUACAUCAGAUUACUACAUGAAGUCGCUAUCGAGAUGAAUGUCGUCUAUAAAACAAACUCCAGGGUCGUAUCUGUCGACCAGGAAGCUGUUACUGUUACGAUUUCAAACGGUGAAGUUUAUUCAGGAGAUCUAAUUAUAGGAGCGGAUGGUAUACGUUCUAUUGUUCGUGAUACUGCGGUGGUUACAAGCGAAACUGUUGAACCAACCCCUUCACCCUUUUGUGCUUAUCGUGCUACUAUUUCAAGGGAGGAGAUGUUAUCUGAUCCAAUUAUUGCCCACCUCAUGCACGACAUCAACGCAAACUGUUGGAUUGGUUACAGAAGGCACGUUAUGUCAUAUCCAAUCAAAGGUGGUGAAUUAUACAACAUGGUUAUGUCUCACCCUGGGAAAGCUACCGUUGGAAAAUGGAGUGAACCUGGUAGCCUUGAAGAAAUGAAGUCUCAUUACGAUAAUUUUGACCCUAUUGUCCGUCAGCUUCUUACCCAUGUCAGCUCAGUUCUUAAAUGGGUCCUUGCCGAUUUACCAACACUUCCACGCUGGGUCAGUGAUAGUGGAAAGGUUGUUAUUAUUGGCGAUGCUGCUCAUGCAAUGUUGCCAUUUUUGUCUCAAGGUGCUGCUCAGGCUAUUGAAGAUGGAUGUAGAUUAGCAGAAGAAUUGGGUAAUUGCUCUUCUACAUCUGAUAUUCCAUCCGCUCUCAGAGGUUUUGAAAGAUUAAGAAAGAAGAGAGCCGAUACAAUUAAGACCGGUGCAGCUAAGAACGCUCUCAUCUGGCAUUUACCAGAUGGUGAAGAACAGGAAGAAAGAGAUGCUCUUAUGAAGGCCAGAGACGGACGUAACCCAGAUCAAUGGUCUGAUAGUGAUUUUCAAAGAUGGUUAUUUGGCUGGAAUGCAUUAAUCGAUUAG